UCGGGCCGCAUUGACAAGGCCUACCCCACAGUGUGUGGUCACACGGGCCCUGUGCUGGACAUCGACUGGUGCCCCCACAAUGACCAGGUUAUCGCCAGCGGCUCGGAGGAUUGCACGGUCAUGGUAAGAUUUACAGUCACCCCUUUCCUCACGCCUCAGCAGAGACUGUCCCUCUCAGUGGAGUAGUACAAUAAUGUAUGUUUACACUUUACCUGCAUAUGUACAGUAUACACACACCCUCUCCCCGAUGCCAACUGACAGAUGACUGGUUUUGAUUGUGAAAGGCCAGACACUAAUAGCGUAGGGAUGGGUGCAGAAUCAGAUGGUGAUAGGGUAGCUAAGGAUACGUGCAGGCAGGGCUUGCACUCUAGUCUGGAUUAGAUUAGACCCAGAGAGAGACGUGGGGAAUGAUUUAGCCUUUUUAUAGGGAUGAGGUCACUAACUUGUUUGAGGCUGGUGCUAUACUCUAUGUCCUUAUUUGGGCUGUGAAUAGCAUUGAUCAGAGUGUGUGCUAUGUUCUUAAGUAUGCUUCUAUCACUUCCCAACCUGUAGGCAUUGGCUUCCCCAUGCAACUCUAUGAACGGCAGAAAAAGUCCUCUAUCUGUGAAUCGAUGCAGUGUUCCAAGUAUAUUUACAGAAGUUGAACCGUCAAAGGUUCCUCUCUCUUCAGAACAUUUGAGAUUGCUGCUAGAAAUACACUGAAAAGGUUCUCUAAAAGUAAUGUUGACUUUAGAUUAAGUGUCGUGAUGAACCGUGUUAUUUCUGUUGAGACUGCUGUAUCCAUAGUUACCUGUUGCAGCUAGAGUAGGAGCUCUGAUAGUGUGGUAGUGCAGCGGUGAGACUACAUACUGUCACACAGUCUACUGCUGUCAGAGUUCCUAGAGAUAAUGACUUUAAACUUCAGUCUUCAUUUCCGUAGAUACAUUUUCUGAUUCUGCAAUGUGUACCAUAUUUGAAUAGUCUCUACUGGCUGUAUUCUCACGAGGAAGUAAGCUACUCAUUAUGUACAUGAAAGGUAACUCAACUAAAUGAUUGUAGCCCCGUAUCACUCACUCUUGUCAUCAUGAAGUGCUUUGAGAGGCUAGUUAAGGACCAUAUCAUCUCCACCUUAUCCAUCUCCCUCAACGUCAACAAAACGAAGGAGUUGAUUGUGGACUACAGAGAGCACACCCCAUCCACAUCGACGAGGCUGCAGUGGAGCGGGUCAAAAGCCUCAUAUUCCUCGCCGUGUACAUCACCAGACCUGAAAUGGUCCCUUCACACAGACAGUGUGGUGAAGAAAGUGCAACAGCGCCUCUUCAACCUCAGAAGGCCGAAGAAAUUCGGCUUGGCCCCUAAGACCCUCACAAACUUCUACAGAUGCACAACUGAGAACAUCCUAUCAGGCUGUAUCAGCACCUGGUACGGCAAUUUCAUCGUCCGCAACCGCAGGGCUCUCCAGAAGAUGGUGCAGUCAGCCCAAUGCAUCAUCGGGGGCACACUGCCUGCCCUCCAGGACAUCUACAGCACAAGUGUCACGGGAAGGCCAGGAAGAUCAUCAAGGACCUCUGCCACCCAAGCCAUGGCCUUUUCACCCCGCUACCAUCUAGAAGGAGGAGACGGUACAUGUACAUUAAAACUGGGACCGGGACCAAGACCAAGAGACGGAGAAACAGCUUCUAUCUCCAGGCCAUCAGACUGUUAAACAGUCACCACUAGCCGGCCUCCACCCAGUACCCUGCCCUGAACCUUAAUCACUGUUCUAGCCGGCUAUCACCCGGUACUCUACCCUGCACCUUAGAGACUGCUGCCCUAUGUACAUCGAGUCAUUGAACACUGGUCACAUUAGUAAUGUUUUACCCACUUUAUAUGUAUAUACUGUGUUGUAGUCAUGGCUCAUCCUAUAUAACUACUGCUAUACACACCUUUUCUAUUAAUAUACUAUCAACACACACCAUUAUAUUUGCUUAUUGUUUUGUUUUGCUAGGUAUUAUUACUGCAUUGUUGGAGCUAGAAACACAAGCAUUUCAUUGCACCAGCAACAUCAUCUGCAAAUCUGUGUACAUGACCAAUACACUCUGAUUUGAAAACAUCAGUAUAAUGAGUAACCUUGAGUCUCUGUUGCCCCCUUCAGUCUCUUGGUUGUAAGUGUGAUCUACUGACUUCCUGUCACAGUGAUGUCAAUCUAAAAGGGUUUUUGACAAGUUAGUUCAUGUGAAUGUACUGCUUUCUGUGGUCCAGCAGUUUACAGCUUUAUGACACAGGCUAACAGCAGGGAAACUGCAGCUGUAUGUCUGACCUCAGUAUAUGAUCCUAUAGUGACCCUAGCUAUGUCCUGGUCCUGACCUUUGACCCGUGUCUGUCUGCAGGUGUGGCAGAUCCCUGAGAACGGGCUGGUUACCGGCAUGUCUGAGCCCGUGGUGGUCCUGGAGGGACACUCCAAAAGGGUUGGCAUCAUCACAUGGCACCCCACGGCACGCAACGUCUUGCUCAGUGCUGGUGAGUGGCGUCCUCCUGUCCAUUAAAACCCUUCUCAUAACAUGUCGUGACUGGAUGGCCUGUGUGAGGUGGACAUUUUAAAUGUUAUCAUUAUAGUUCUGGUUCAGCCUCUGUGCCUCUGCUUUUGUGGUUGUAAUCUGUGUCGUCAUCAGCCCUCUCACUCUCUCUGCCCCCCCCCCUCUCUAAUCUUCUCCUCGCGCUGAGAGAAGUGGCAACCUGCUGUGAGUUUGCAUCACUCCCCAAGGCUUCAUUUCCCCUAAACACUGAGAUUCCUGAUCACCGCACAUCUGUCCUCAUUGACUUUAAAAAUACCGCUUUACUCAGUUUUUACCCUCCAUGUCAAAACCAAACCAGAAUGAGCUAUGAGUUGUAGAUGGUAUUAUCUUGCCAUAUCAGUGCUAUUUGGCAUUGUGUCCUUUUCCUUUUGUGUAGUAUGUGUAUAUUAAUGUGUAUUCAUCUCUCUUCAGGCUGUUUUAUGUAUGUAUAUUAUAUAAAAUGUGUGUUCCUCUCUCCUCAGGCUGUGACAACCUGAUCAUCAUCUGGAACGUGGGGACGGGCGAGGCCAUGAUCCAGCUGGAGGAUAUGCACCCUGACGUCAUCUUCAGCGCUUGCUGGAACCGCAACGGCAGCCUCAUCUGCACCGCCUGCAAGGACAAGACCAUCCGCGUCAUCGACCCCCGCAAGGAAGAGAUUGUAGGGGUGAGCACCACUGACUAGGAUUUAAUAUUUUCCCCAAAAAAAAUCCUUCCUGAGAAAAUUGGAACCGUCCUGGUACAAUCCCGGUAUUCCCAUACAAAAAGGAAAUACUAUUUAAAAGCAUAUAAUACCAGCGAAAAUGAUUAUACCGCUGUAAAUGGAGACAUAUGGACUGGAAUCUUAAUGGUUUCUUGUUGUAGGUCUAUUUGUCACAAUUUAAUCAACUCAAAGUUCUGUCAGUCACCAUACUAUUUCGUUGUUGUAGCCUAGUUUAAAUGUAGACCUAAAAUAUUAUGAGGUUAUUACCCUACAGCCUAGUGAAAACUACAUUUUUUGUUUUAGUGUACCGUUGACUGACCUGGCUGACAUCUUUCAGUCGAAGGUACAACAAAACAAAAAAUGUAGACUCCCCUUGCACUUGGCUAUCAGGGGAAUUUCAGAAGAUUGUGGCUGUUUUUACUUUAUGAUAACCAGCUUAUUGUGGUGACUUUGUCACAGGGAACAUAUCCGAUUCUCCGCUAAACAAACAAGCGAAUAGGUCUAGUAGUGGAGAUUCAGCACCAUGUAUAGCGCCACGAUUGAUCAAAUCCCACGAAUCUGAUUAGUAAAGAUUUGUUCACUCGCUUUUGUUAUUGGGUAAAUACAUUUGAAUUCAAUCACUUUUUGACAGCAUCCCUUUUGAUUUAAACAAAACUUUCCAUACAUGUUUGCCCAUGGAAGAAGUGGUCAGAGUGACUUUAGACUUGAAUGCCAAAACAUUUAAGAGAUAGAGGUGUUCAAAGUUUACCCAUUUUGUAUACCAUACCAUGAGACAUCCAUGUCUUCAUCGCUGGCAAAGAUAAACAGUUAAGUUUGAUAUAAUUUUGUAAGCUUACAAACAGGGUUGUCAAACUAUUUGAUAAUUUCUUGGAAAAUGUUUUUAAAUAAAUGAUAUAGAAUUGUUUUACCUUUUAAUGUCAAUUAUUUAAUGUAUGAAGCCAGAGACUUGAUAUGUCCGGUUCAUGCAGGUAUUCGCAAGUGCAUAUUUUGUGUUUUUGCAUUAGUGCGGCAUAAACAUUUAAUAUUAUUGGCCCACGGGACCGCGAUAAUUUUUCUUGGGAAACUGGAAGGAGCUUGGUCGGGAAGUCCCGGGAUACCAGUCACCGGAAUUCAACUCUACCACUGACAGGACUUUUCACUAACAAACCUGCUCUAUAGGGUGGUCAAAUUCCCAAAGUUUCCAGAAAUCCCAGUUGGAAUAUUCCUGGAAUCAGGAAGGAAUAACUAUGAAAUCUGGGAAUCCUCCAACUGGGAAUUCUGAUUAAACCUGGACAUUUUGGGAAAGUUACUGGAAUUUUGCAACCUUACUAAUGUUUCUACUCAUCUCAACAAUUUGUUACUAUUUUCCUAGUUUCGUAAACCUGGCCCUAGGCAACAGCAGUGACUAGGGUCUGGUAUAUUUCCUAGUUUCGUAAACCUGGCCCUAGGCAACAGCAGUGACUAGGGUCUGGUAUAUUUCCUAGUUUCGUAAACCUGGCCCUAGGCAACAGCAGUGACUAGGGUCUGGUAUACAGUACCAGUCAAAAGUUUGGACACACCUACUCAUUCAAGGGUUUUUCUUUAUUUUUACUAUUUUCUACAUUGUAGAAUAAUAGUGACGACAUCCAAACUAUGAAAUAACACAUAUGGAAUCAUGUAGUAACCAAAAAAGUGUUAAACAAAUCAGAAUAUAUGUUAUAUUUGAGAAUCUUCAAAGUAGCCACCCUUUGCCUUGAUGACAGCUUUGCACACUCUUGGCAUUCUCUCAACCAGCUUCAUUUCAAUUAACAGGUGUGCCUUCUUACAAGUGAAUUUGUGAAAUAUCUUUCCUUCUUAAUGCGUUUGAGCCAAUCAGUUGUGUUGUGACAAGGUAGGGGUGACAGUCCAUCAUUACUUUAAGACAUGAAGGUCAGUCAAUCCGGAAAAUGUCAACUUUUUUAAAGUUUCUUCAAGUGCAGUCGCAAAAACCAUCAAGCACUGAUGAAACUGUCUCUCAUGAGGACUGCCACAGGAAAGGAAGACCCAGAGUUACCUCUGCUGCAGAGGAUAAGGUCAUUAGUUAACUGUACCUCAAAUUGCAGCCCAAAUAAAUGCUUCACAGAGUUCAAGUAACCGACACAUCUCAACAUCAACUGUUCAGAGGAGACUGCGUGAAUCAGGCCUUCAUGGUUGAAUUGCUGCAAAGAAAUCACUACUAAAGGACACCAAUAAUAAGAAGAGACUUGCUUGGGCGAAGCAACAUGAGCAAUGGACAUUAGAACGCUAGAAAUCUGUCCUUUGGUCUGAUGAGUCCUAAUUUGAGAUUUUUGGUUCCAACCGCCGUGUCUUUGUGAGACACAGAGUAGGUGAAUGGGUGAUCUCCGCAUGUGUAGUUCCCACAGUGAAGCAUGGAGGAGGAGGUGUGAUGGUGUGGGGUUGCUUUGCUGGUGACACUGUGGUUUAUUUAGAAUUCAAGGCACACUUAACCAGCAUGGCCACCAUAACGUUCUGCAGCGAUACGCCAUCCCAUCUGGUUUGGGCUUAGUGGAACUAUCAUUUGUUUUUCAACAGGACAAUAACCUAACACACCUCCAGGCUACGUAAGGGCUAUUUGACCAAGAAGGAGAGUGAUGGAGUGCUGCAUCAGAUGACCUGGCCUCCACAAUCCCCCGACCUCAACCCAAUUGAGAUGGUUUGGGAUGAGUUGGACCGCGGCAUGAAGGAAAAGAAGCCAACAAGUGCUCAGCAUAUGGGGGAACUCCUUCAAGACUGUUGGAAAAGCAUUCCAGGUGAGGCUGGUUGAGAUAAAUCCAAGAGUGUGCAAAGCUUUCAUCAAUGCAAAGGGUGGCUACUUUGAAGAAUCUAAAAUAUUUUGAUUUGUUUAACACUUUUCUGGUUACUACAUGAUUCCAUAUGUGUUAUUUCAUAGUUUUGAUGUCUUCACUAUUAUUCUACAAUGUAGAAAAUGGUAAAAAAAUAAUGAAAAACCCUUGAAUUAGUAGGUGUGUCCAAACUUUUGACUGGUACUGUAUAUGACAGACUCUUUUUGGUAACUUAAAAAAAAAAAAGAUAUGGGGUGGGUCAUGCCAGAACGUCGUGAUUCGACGUUUGCAGGCAAAACCUUUGCAAUUGUUUUAGUGAAGGUAGUAGAUGCAAACUAGCCACUUUCAAAAUGCACUCAUUAAAAAUAACCUCCGUAAUCUGUAUCUCGCUAGCUACUAUUUUGUGCCGGGAUGUGGGUACGGUGACGUAGUUCCUCUAUGCCAAAUUGACGUUUUAUUACAGUACGUGCUGACGUAUGCUGGAACAUUGGAAACGUUGUGGGAGGCAACCCAUCUGCCUAGGGAGACUACUCUUUCCUAAUUUGAAAGGGAUCUCUUUGAGAUGAUUUAGGAUGUACCCACAGUAUGUUGACUGUUGACCCUCUGCGUCACAGGAGAAGGAAAAGGCACACGAGGGGGCACGGCCCAUGAGGGCCAUCUUCCUUUCGGACGGGAAUGUGUUCACCACAGGCUUCAGCCGCAUGAGUGAGAGACAGCUAGCCCUAUGGAAUCCGGUGGGUCACCCCAUCCUCACCAUCACUACUCCUGGGCUUAGUCCCAAAUGACACCGUAUUCCCUUUAUAGUGGACUACUUUUGAUCAGGGCCCAUAGGGCUCUGGUCAAAAGUAGUGCACUAUAUAGGGAAUAUGGUGGCAUUUGGGACGCAGCCCUGAUAAAGAUGUUAUUGCACUACUUUAUGUCAAUGUUUAAUUUACAGCAAGCCAUGGAUGAGGCAAUCUCAGUGCAUGAAAUGGACACCAGCAAUGGAGUCCUCUUGCCCUUCUAUGACCCAGACACCAAUGUGGUUUACCUGUGUGGUAAGGUGAGUGGAGUUUUUCUGGCAAAUAUUACACACACAUCUAUUUGAUCUGUUGUGCAUGUGACUUACAACAAGUCUUACUCUGAUCCAUUAAGUUAGGCAUGAUACAGUGUUAUCCAUGAAGACAUUACUAAAACGUUGUACUGUUCCAAACACUAAAAGGCUUAUCUUGUUUCUGUGGUAUGUAGGGUGACAGCAGCAUCCGCUACUUUGAGAUCACGGACGAGGCCCCAUUUGUCCACUACCUCAACACCUUCACCACCAAGGAGCCCCAGAGGGGAAUGGGAUAUAUGCCCAAGAGAGGCCUGGAUGUCAACAAGUGUGAGAUCGCCAGGUACGACUCGCUGGAUAAGGAAACGGAUCAGCCAUUUUCAAAUCAAAUUUUAUUUGUCACAUGUGCUGAAUACAACAGGUGAAACCUUACAGUGAAAUGCUUACUUACAAGCCCUUAACCAACAAUGCAAUUUUAAGAAAGAAUACCAAGAAAAUACCAAAAAUACAUUAAAUAACUAAAUAAUAAGAAAUAAAAGUAACAUAAUUAAAGAGCAGCAGUAAAAUAACAGUAGCGAGGCUAUAUAAAGGGGGUACCGAGUCAAUGUGCGGGGGCACCGGUUAGUCGAGGUAAUAUGUACAUGUAGGUAGAGUUAUUAAAGUGACUAUGCAUAGAUAAUAAACGAGGGGGGACACACACAAUGCAAAUAGUCUGGGUAGCCAAUUUAUUAGCUGUUCAGGAGUCUUAUGGCUUGGGGGUAGAAGCUGUUGAGAAGUCUUUUGGAUCUAGACUUGGCACUCCGGUACCGCUUACCGUGAGGUAGCAGAGAGAACAGUCUAUGACUAGGGUGGCUGGAGUCUUUGACAAUUUUUAGGGCCUUCCUCUGACACCGCCUGGUGUAGAGGACCUGGAUUACAUUUACAUUUACAAUUUAGUAAUUUAGCAGACGCUCUUAUCCAGAGUGACUUACAGUUAGUGAGUGCAUACAUUUUCAUACUGGCCCCCCGUGGGAAACGAACCCACAACCCUGGCAUUGCAAGCACCAUGCUCUACCAACUGCGCUACAGGGGACCAUAGUUACAAAGUUGUGCAAAGUCCUUCUUGCAGUCCGAGCAACGGUAAAGCUUUUCUCCAGAGUGAACAAGCUGGUGUUCUUUUAAUACUGAAAAGUUAUUUCAACAUUCAAGGUAGUGGUAGGACUUCUCUCCAGUGUGCACGCACCAAUGUUGCACUAGGCUGCUUAAGGUGAAUGCUUUACCACAGUCAGAGCAGCGCUGUGGUUUUACUCCAGUGUGUUGUAUCUGAUGACACUUCAUGGCAGGAAGCUAGGCCCCAGUGACGUACUGGGCCGUAUGCACUACCCUCUGUAGUGCCUUGCGGUCGGAGGCCGAGCAGUUGCCAUACCAGGCAGGGAUGCAACCAGUCAGGAUGCUCUCGAUGGUUCAGCUUUAGAACCUUUUGAGGAUCUGAGGACUCAUGCCAAAUCUUUUCAGUCUCCUUAGGGGGAAUAGGUUUUGUCGUGCCCUCUUCACGACUGUCUUGGUGUGCUUGGAUCAUGUUAGUUUGUUGGUGAUGUGGACACCAAGGAACUUGAAGCUCUCAACCUGCUCCACUACAGCCCCAUCGAUGAGAAUGGGGGCGUGCUCGGUCCUCUUCUUUUUCCUGUAGUCCACAAUCAUCUCCUUUGUCUUGAUCACAUUGAGGCACCACACGGCCAGGUCUCUGACCACCUCCCUAUAGGCUGUCUCGUCGUUGUCUGUGAUCAGGCCUACCACUGUUGUGUCAUCGGCAAACUUAACGAUGGUUUUGGAGUCGUGCCUGGCCAUGCAGUCAUGGGUGAACAGGGAGUACAGGAGGGGACUGAGCACGCACCCCUGAGGGGCCCCCGUGUUGAGGAUCAGCAUGGCGGAUGUGUUGUUACCUACCCUUACCACCUGGGGGCGGCCCGUCAGGAAGUCCAGCAUCCAGUUGCAGAAGGAGGUGUUUUUUCCCAGGGUCCUUAGUUUAGUGAUGAGCUUUGAUGGGCACUAUGGUGUUGAACGCUGAGCUGUAGUCAAUGAAUAGCAUUCUCACAUAGGUGUUCCUUUUGUCCAGGUGUGAAAGGGUAGUGUGGAGCGCAAUAGAGAUUGCAACAUCUGUGGAUCUGUUGGGGCGGUAUACAAAUUAAGGUGGGACUAGGGUUUCUGGGAUAAUGGUGUUGAUGUGAGCCAUGACCAGCCUUUCAAAGCACUUCAUGGCUACAGAUGUGAGUGCUAUGGGGUCGGUAGUAAUUUAGGCAGGUUACCUUAGUGUUCUUGGGCUCAGGGACUAUGGUGAUCUGCUUGAAACAUGUUGGUAUUACAGACUCAGACAGGGAGAGGUUGAAAAUGUCAGUGAAGACACUUGCCAGUUGGUCAGCGCAUGCUCAGAGAACACAUCCUGGUAAUCCAUCUGGCCCUGCGGCGUUGUGAAUGUUGACCUGUUUAAAGGUCAACUAAUCUGAAUAGGGCUGCUAAUCUGAUUUAUUAUCCUUUGAUGGGCACACCCCUGAUUCAAUUCAGCGAGGUCUAGUUGAUUAGUUGAACCAGGUGUUUUGGUGCUUGGCUGGGUCUAUGAUGAGCGUCUAUGAGGAAGACAUGACUUGUGAUGUGAAGCUAUUGGCCAGCUAUGUCCACCAGGAGGCAGCACAGAACCACAUGUUGAAGGGGAGCUCGCUCAUCUGUGUUUACCUCAGGCCCUGCCAAUCUGAAUCAUGUAUCAUGCCUUUAUACAGCUCCAUGUUUACUGAGGCUGCUUGAGAGUAUUGCCAGUGUCAUGGAAGUAGAAGUGCAUUGGGUUGGGCUGCAGUAUGUGAAAGGAUAUUAGACAGUAGGUCUGUUAUGUGAUGUUGUGGGUAAUAUGCUUCUUUGUACUUCUAUGUUGACAGGUUUUAUAAACUGCACGAAAGGAAGUGUGAACCUAUCAUCAUGACUGUGCCAAGAAAGGUGAGCUUCUUCAUUCUGAUCUAGAGACAUUCAAUAUAUGAAUGAUUUCAACAAUCAAUGCCACGUUUAACUCAAACUCUGUUUUGAGGCUAUGCUCUAUUAAAUGUGUUUGGUCCAGUGUUUUCUAACAGCUGUCUCUAUGCCCCUCUCUCUCUCUCCCUGCAGUCUGACCUGUUCCAGGACGACCUGUACCCAGACACGGCAGGACCAGACUGUGCCAUUGAGGCGGAGGAUUGGUUCGAGGGGAAGAACGGCGAGCCCAUCCUCAUUUCCCUGAAGAACGGCUACGUCCCUGGCAAGAACCGCGACCUCAAGGUGGUCAAGAAGAACAUUCUGGACAACAAGCUGAGCAAGAAUGCGGAGAACACAAGCCCAGCCAACAAGUCUGCCUCAUCCACUCCAUCCAUAGUGAGUACUGCUGUCUGUCUCUGUCUGUGUCUCUGUCUAUCUGGGGAGGACACUGCCUGGGUUGUAUGCUAGAGACUGGUACGUUCUCUCUGUUCACUGAAUUGUAUGCACAAAAGUACUACUUACCAGAUGCCAGGAUAUUCUUCUGUAUGUACAAUGUGCCACUAGUGAUUUGAGGGAAAGUUGACACCAGACUGGAUCAGUAUACCAACACUACAGUAUGUAUCUACAUGUGAAUGAUUACAGUGCUUUCCCAGGACUAGUCUGAUGAUCACCACACCUACCCCGUCCUUCACCACUGAAACGUAGUCUUUAAUGGCCUUUAGUUCAGCCCUGGCCUCGGCACAUUGCAGCUAGGGCCUUGGAACAUGGAAGGCUCUAUUUUAACAAACCUAAUGCGAUGCUCAAUCUAAGCGCUGGGCGGUAGCACUAUAGGUCCGGGUGUGUUUAAAAUAUUUUUUGCUAUUUUCACAAGCACAAUUAUUGGCGCAGAUGCUGGCGUUGGCGCGAAAGGACUGGGUUUUGAUGAAUAAACAAGUUAUGGGUGUGUCGAGGCUUGUCACCUCACUGGCCAAUCAGAACGUGCUCCAUGGCUAAAUAUGUGGUCGCUUCAAGUUGUGUAUUUACGGUCUUUUAUGUAUUGCAUUGGAAUCAACUCCAAUUACAAUGUUAGUCCGUAAUAUUCUGUUAUACAGCUUACUAAAACAAAAUAACAAUGUAGAUCUAUCCCGUCUUUGCUAAAUAAUUUAACUUGAACCUGUUUGUAGUCCACAUUGUUCUAAGUAAUUGUGUGGCUUCAAUGUGGAAAUAUAUACAUAGAAUAAAAAAAAGCUUUGGUGAUUUAAGAUUUAUUUCCAAGCGGUCUCAGGAGCCAAACCCUUUAUCGACAGUCUUUACUGCUUCGGCGAUUGCAUUGGGCAGACAAAAAAAAGCCUUAAUUGAGAGGGUGAGGCUAUGCUUGGUUUAUAAUUAAAUAAAACAAAAUACAGGCACCAAAAGCACAUUAGGCUACUCUUGUUCCAUGCGCAUAUGGGCAGUGUGCGUCAUGGCUGGAUAGAAUGCAUUUCCGCUGUAGAUAUUAAUGCCAUAACCAACUGCGUUGCCGCUAAAACCAGCUUUUGGUUAGUCUUAAAUAUCCCUAUCAACGCUGCCUGAAAUUAGCACUUUGGAUCAUGUUUUUAAGGACACCUAAACUAUUUCCACCCCAUCCAUCUGAGCGCAAGCGAGCUGAUCGGAGACAGGUAAAUUGCCGAACCUGGCGUUAGGGCUGGAAAAUGCCAAUGCGCCAGUUUUUACAUGACGGAAAUGCUAACUAACGUGCGUUUGACACUAGCGCUGCCAUAACGCCAGACGAAAAUAGAGCCCGUAGAGUUUAUGUUGGCAGGGUGUGUUUUAGAAGGUGGUUACUAGAAGUCCCCCCACCCACCUGCCCAUAGGCAGAGUGCUCUGGGUGUCCUGCCCUACCUCGUCCACAACACAGCCGCCCGCAUGGGACCCAGCCCUGGCCUCAGCUUCUAUCUGCAGCUCUGGUCCUGUAAUCAUAGCAGUCUGGGCAGGCGCGCCAUGUUAACCCCCAGGGUGCCACAGGGUACUAGAGCCCUGCUUGCAGUGUAGCCUGCCUGCAGAGCAGCCAGCAGGGAUAGACUCGAUGAUGUGAGGAUUAAAAAGGAUCUGGGGAAAUUCAGUAGAUAUAAACAGAGUAUGUUUGUUUUUAGAUAACAAUGUACCAAACCUAACCGGGGAGGGGGGGGGGGACACUGGCACAAACAUCUCCAGAAAGGGUAUCUUAUGUCUUGCUCCUGUCUCUGUAUUCCUCAGAAAAACGAAGCCAAGCUGGAAGAGGUCUUGAAAGAAAUCAAAUCCCUCAAGGACUUGGUCAGCAGUCAGGAGAAGCGAAUCAUCCAACUCGAGGAGCAGAUGUCCAAGAUCGCCAUUUAA